AUGACAUUGGGACCGCCAGUGAAUGAGCCUUCUUUCCGAUUCGUGCUCCCUCUUGCGUAUAUGGGUGAUGGCUCCAAGGUUUUGUUUGUUCAGGAUAAUAACAAGUUCGUUAGCUAUGAUUUGAGAGGCAAGAAGGUUGAAGAGGUCAGAGUUAGAGGCAUAUCACACACUUGCGAAGUUACAGUCCUGGCAGGGAGCCUUGUUAAGCUUAAAAGCAGUAGUGAGGGAGUGGCAAAUGCAGGAAACUUGCUCGUGAGUGCAGUGAACUUGGUUGGAAUCGGUGUUGAUGAGAACCGGUGCUAG